AUGUCAAAUUUACGCAAACAAAUUUUUUCUAAAACACUUCCACCUAUUGGUCCAUCAUCAUCUAAGAAGUUAUCAUCAGAUAAUCAAAAAAAAGCAUCGUCUAUUCGUAAUUAUACACCUAUUGAAUGGAACACAUAUUUUAAUGAUAAACGUUAUAUAACAAUAGAUAAAAAUAUUUUUUGUUUAUAUUCACGUAAUACAAAUGAUUUAUCCUCACCUGUUUUAUUUUUCUUACAUGGUGGCGGUUUUUCGGGUUUAAGUUGGGCUCUUAUGUCAAAAGCAGUAACAAAUCUUGUACAAUGUCAAUGUAUUGCUAUAGAUAUUCGUGGUCAUGGUGAAACAAAAACUACAGAUGACAAUGAUUUAAGUAUUGAAACCCUUACAAAUGAUAUUUGUCAAAUUUUACGUCAUUUAUUUAAUGAAGACAAUAAACCUCCGAUUUUCCUUAUUGGACAUUCAAUGGGUGGUGCACUAGCUGUUCAUGUAGCAAAAGAAUGUCCAUCAAUGAUUGAUGCUCUUUGUGUUAUUGAUGUUGUAGAAGGCAGUGCACUUGAAUCUUUAAGCUCAAUGCAAUGUUUUCUUAGUUCAAGACCAAAACAGUUUUCUACUCCACAAAAAGCGAUAGAAUAUAUCGUACGAAGUGGUCAAGUACGUAAUAUUGAAUCAGCUCGUGUUUCUGUUAUCGGACAAAUUCAACCAAUGAUUACUACUCAAUCGAACGAAACAGAUUCUUCUUCUACUAUAGUAUCAAAUCCUACAUUUCCGGCUGUUUCUCAUUUAUGUGAAACUGUUCGAGAAGAAGAUGAAGAGGAAGAAAAUGAUGGUGAUCAUAAAUCUUCUGGUACCUUUCAACAGCCAACUUCAACAAAUAAUUCAAAUGACACAAAUAAAUAUACAUGGAGAAUUGAUCUUUCAAAAACAGAAAAAUUUUGGGAAGGAUGGUUUUCGGGUUUAUCAAAAUUAUUUUUAUCAUGUGAAUGUCCGAAGUUACUUUUAUUAGCUGGUGUUGAUCGUCUUGAUCGUGAUUUAACUGUUGGUCAGAUGCAAGGUAAAUUUCAAAUGCAUGUUGUUCCUAAAAGUGGUCAUGCUGUACAUGAAGAUGCACCUGAACAAGUUGCUGAUUGUAUUGCUUCAUUUCUUGUUCGACAUAAAUUAGUACAAGCAAAUGAUGAACAUUUUCAAGCAACAUUACCCGGAUGUUAG